AUGUUAGGCCUUCAGUCAUACGCCAGUUCCUCGGAUGGAGAAUCGGACCAUGAGGACGCCGCCACAGCCACCACCAAUUCAGAGUCCUCCGCUCCAAUUCCGGAUCACCUGCUGCCCGUGGACAAGACACACUCGCUUUCCACCUCCAUUGCUGUUUGUGCGGCGCCAACGGUAGUUCCCAUUGGAGCAUCGGCAGUGCCCCGAACUCUGGAUCCCACGCUCAAGGAGGUAACCUACAAUCCGCGCUAUGAGGAGAUGUAUGCUCCGGUAAAGGGUCCGGAGCAUCCGGACCUCACCAUGCAGCAGCGCGCUCCACGGAACACCCUGGCCGGCUACGUAGAGAAGGCCCACAUCAAUGCCUUCGAAUUUGAGAACCAGCGACGCACCUUUCACACCUACGGCUACGCAUUAGAUCCCAGCGUGGACGAUCAGGCGGACGGCCAGUCUUUUGUUGGUGACCUGCAGUCCGCGUACGAUGACAAUGGCAAGACGGUGUUCGAGGCGCCCAAGGCAAAGAAACUGCGCAAGCAGGAGAAAAAUGAUAAUCCCGAGGACAUUGAGGGCUUUCUUGGUCCCUGGGGCAAGUUCGAGAACGAGGUGUCGGUGGCAAAGCCAAAUGAACAGGAGCGCGCCGAACUGGACGAGCUGCUGUCUAAGCGGCAUAAGCGCGGACGCAUUCCUGAGGACAAGCCGCUCGAGGAGAAGUCGACACUGCACAUCAAGGAUGCGUACGACUACCAGGGCCGCUCUUAUUUGCAUGCUCCUCAUGAUCUGGGCGUGAAUCUACGAUCGAAUGCACCACCGACCAAAUGCUUCCUGCCCAAGGCGCACAUACAUACCUGGUCGGGCCACAACAAGGGCAUCUCCUCCAUCCGCUGGUUCCCUAAGACCGCUCAUCUCCUGCUCUCCGGUUCGAUGGACUGCCGGGUCAAACUGUGGGAGGUUUACGGCGAGCGACGCUGCAUACGCACCUUCUCCGGUCAUCGGCAGGCCAUCAAGGACAUUGCGUGGAACAAUAGGGGUACCAACUUCCUGUCUGCUUCAUAUGAUCGCUACAUAAAGUUGUGGGAUGCAGAAACGGGCGAUGUAGUGUCCCGAUUCACAACGCGUAAAAUGCCUUUCUGUGUGAAAUUCCAUCCGGAUAAUAGCAAGCAACAUUUAUUCGUUGCCGGCACUUCCGACAAGAAGAUCAUUUGCUGGGACACUCGCAGCGGUGAUAUUGUACAGGAAUAUGACCGGCAUUUGGGAUCAGUGAGCACCAUCACCUUUGUGGACGACAACCGACGGUUUGUGACCACCUCGGACGACAAAUCGAUGCGCAUAUGGGAGUGGGACAUUCCUGUGGACAUGAAGUACAUUGCCGAUCCCACUAUGCAUUCCAUGCCGGCGGUCACAUUGGCGCCCAAUGGCAAAUGGAUGGCCUGCCAGUCGUUGGACAACAAGAUCGUCAUCUUCUCCGCCCUCAAUCGCUUCAAGAUGAACCGCAAAAAGACCUUCACCGGUCACAUGGUCUCUGGCUACGCCUGCCAGCUGGACUUUUCGCCGGACAUGAGCUACCUGGUGUCGGGCGAUGGCGAUGGCAAAUGUUAUAUUUGGGACUGGAAGACUACGAAGAUGUACAAGAAGUGGCAGGCGCACGACGGCGUCUGCAUCAGUGCCCUCUGGCAUCCGCACGAGGCCAGCAAAGUGGUCACCGCUGGCUGGGAUGGCCAGAUAAAAUACUGGGACUAAAGGUCCGCACAAAAUAACCUAGAUAGAUGUAAGCCAAACUGAUGUGUAAAUUGAUUGAUUAUAUUGCAUACCCAUUAUGUUCGAA